AUGGGAGACGCUACACAGGUGAAGGUCGUCUUCACCACUACCGAGCAAGACUUGGUACUCCCCGAGUCUAAGCAACAGCUCCUCGUUCCCGCAGAUAUCAAGCGAUAUGGCCUCUCUAGGAUUCUCAACUCCGAGUCUAUGCUGGACACAUCCUCGCCCGUUCCCCUCGACUUCCUCGCCAACGGCACAUUCCUCCGCACCUCUAUCGAAGAGUACCUCGCGACCCACGGUCUAUCUUCUGAAUCUACUCUGACCCUGCAGUACGUUCGAAGUCUGCUACCCCCGGUCUACGAGGCGAGCUUCGAGCACGACGAUUGGGUCAGCGGGGUUGAUGUUCUUUCAGCAACCUCACGAGCAGGUCUUUUGGCUGGCGGCGCAAACGUUCCCGAGCGAGUGGCCAGUUCUUCUUACGAUGGUCUGGUGAGGAUUUGGAACCCUUCUGGGGAUGCGAUCGCAGUGUCCCCAGCUGGCCGAGCUGGUGGUCACACCCAGCGAGCCAAUGCCGUCAAGUGGAUUUCGCAAAAGCAGCUCGCUUCGGCCGGUUUGGAUCGCAAGGUUAUUGUCUGGGACUACAGCGAGUCCGACGACGGUUUCUCUGGUAGCCUCAAGCCCAGUAUGGAGCUGUGGGGUCACGAGAAGGAUAUCAACAGCAUCGACGUCAACGGUGCCACCAAGCGUAUUCUCACAGCCUCAUCUGAUGGUAAGGUCGGCCUCUGGACAUCAUCAAAACGCACAGCUCCCCAGGCUGAUCCCGAGAGCCUUCCCUCUGCGCACAGCACCAAGCGAGCUAAGCUGGCGAGCGCCGCCAACACCGCUCAGCGUGGUCCUCUCGCGCUGAUUUCCGUCCACGACGAGCCUGUUACUGCUGCCAUCUUCCACCCCAACGAUGCGACAGUCGCCUACUCGGCAUCAAAAGAUCACACUGUUCGUACCAUCGAUUUGACAACGCAGCGCGAGGUUAGCCGACUCACCACAAUGCACCCACUCCUCUGCGCAACGGCGCUUCCGGGAUCGUCGCUCAUCGCCGCUGGUUCGUCGGCCCGACACAUCACUCUUCUCGACCCUCGCGAGUCAGCUUCCACCACUUCAGCCAUGACUUUGCGCGGUCACGUCAACAUGGUUGUCUCUCUGUCCGCUUCGCCCGAAAACGACUACUCGCUUGUCUCCGGUUCACACGACAGCACGUGCCGUGUCUGGGAUCUGCGAAGCACAAGAAUGGGCAACUCGGAAGAGGGUGGCGGCAGCGUCAGUGAGCCUGUAUACACCAUCGGCCGAGAGUGGCUCAAGGGCAAGAAGCUUCCUCCCGCUGGUGAUGGAGCCAAGGUCUUGGGCGUAUCUUGGGAUAAGACUUGGGGUAUUGUGAGUGGUGGUGAGGAUAAGAAGGUCCAGAUCAACCGGGGACGGGACCUGUUCGGCUCAGGAUCAUAA